UGUUCCGCGGCACCGGAGACCGGUCUCCUCCUCUGCCGGCGUUCAGAGCGGCGAGAAGCUGACAGCGGGGAAAGCGAGGACAGACCGCCCAGGCUGCCUCCUGUCACCAAGAAGCCCGGCUCACAAGGCACAAAAAAGCGUCUGACAUCUGCCUUUCCCUCAUCUUUCCUAUCUGCGUUGACUCAGUGUUUUGCGUGGAUUUAAACGCCUUUGAAAGAGUCAUGCCGUCCUGCGGCACGGAGUCGGGCUCUUUUUACGCCCCCUGGGGCACCGUCCCCUGCCUGUGGGGAGUGCUGCUUCUCUUCUGUGGUACCUGGGAUGUUCUGGCACAAACUGCGGGGGAAACAAAGUCAGUAUAUACCUGGAAAACAGGGCCCUGGGGCAGAUGCAUGGCCAGUGACUGUGGCCCGGGGGGCCGGCAGAGCCGGGCAGUGUGGUGCACCCAUGUGGACGGCUGGACCACGCUGCACACCAACUGCCCGCAGGAGCUGCGGCCUGAAAGCCAGCAGAGCUGCUUCCGUGUCUGUGACUGGCACAGGGAUCUGUAUGAUUGGCGGCUGGGCCCAUGGAACAGCUGUGUACCGGUGGCCCUCCGCUCCACUGGGGGGCGCUGGUCAGCUGAGUGCUCCGGCGGCGGGGAAGGCAUCCAGACCCGGGAGGUGGCCUGCAUCCACACGGCAGACGGGGCCCCGGCAGAGGACGCCAUCUGCGAGUAUUUUGAGCCCAGACCGCGGCUCGAGCAGGCGUGCCUCAUUCCUUGUCCCCGGGACUGUGUAGUGUCUGAGUUCUCCCCCUGGACCACCUGCACCAAGACCUGUGGCGCCGGCCUCCAGCGGCGCGUCCGCGCUGUUCUGGCACCUCCUCUCUUCGGCGGCCUGCCGUGCCCCAACCUGACAGAGUUCCACGCCUGCCAGCUCCCGGCGUGCCGGGUCCCCGAGGGCCAGUACAGCCUGAGGGCUGGUCCGUGGGGCCCCUGCACGCUCCCGCACUCCCGCCCCGCACGGCAGACCGGCCGCAGGAAAAGCAAGGAGAGGAAUCGCGGGAGGGGGGUGUCACAGGACCCGGAUGCUCGGGAGCUUGUUAAGAAAAAGCGGAACCGGAACCGGCAGAACCGGCAGGAGAGCGACCUGUGGGAGGUGCAGGUGGGGUACCAGAACAGGCAGGUGAUGUGCAUCCACAGGAGCGGCAAGACUGAUGCCCUCAGCUUCUGUGACCAGGACCAGAUUCCAGUGACCUUCCAGUCCUGCGUCAUGGCCGUGGCCUGUCUGGUGGGUGACUGGACCCAGUGGGGCUCCUGCUCGAAGGACUGCCAUGACCCCAACACCCCCGAGGGCCUGCAGACCCGCACCAGGCCCGUGCAGAAGUUACCCGUGGGUGGAGGAGCAGAGUGCCCCCCACUGGAGGAGUCUGAGCACUGCUCCCCCCCAGUAGAAGAGGUCCUGCCUUGUGCUACCUACACCUGGAAGACCACUGAGUGGAGUGAGUGCAAGGUGGAUGUGUUGCUAAGUCAACAGGACAGACGCCGUGGCAACCAAACGAGUCUGUGCGGGGGCGGAGUGCAGAGCCGGGAAGCCUAUUGUGUCCAGAGCAACGCAGAGCUGCUUGCCUACCUGAACAACCUCAAGGACAAGGAAGGCAGUCAGUCUGAAGAUAAACAGAAGCCAACUUCUCCUCCAUUCCUUUCCAUUACGUUUGAAAUUACAGCUGCUCGUCCAGUGGAUAACAAACUGUGCUUGGGGCCCGUCCCGAACACGACGCAGCAGUGCCACAUCGCCUGUCCCGUGAAGUGUGGCAUCUCGUCCUGGACGGCAUGGGGUCCGUGCACCUCUGAGAACUGCGAGGACCUGGCUGGGAAAAAGGGCUUCAAGAUGAGGAAACGCAGGAUUGUCAGUGAGCCGGCCGGCGGGAUGGAGAGCUGUCCACACCUGAUGGAGGCGAUACCGUGCGAAGAGCCCACCUGCUACAACUGGCAGCUGGUGAAGCUGGAGGACUGCGUCCCGAACAGCGAGCAAGAGUGCGGCCCGGGCACGCAGGUCCCGCAGGUCCAGUGCGUUGACAGUGAUGGUAACAUGGUGCACCAUCAGCUCUGUGAGGGCACCGCCUACCCGCUGCCCGUGCCCUGCGAGGUGCCCUGUCCCGCAGACUGCGCCCUCAGCCCCUGGUCAUCAUGGUCUCCGUGCUCCCACACGUGCUCAGGCAGAGCAGUGGAGGGCAAGCAGAUGAGAGCUCGUGCAAUUUUGGCUUACAGUUUUGGAGAAGGGGGGGUUUCGUGCCCCAAUGCCAGUUAUCUGCAGGAAGUGCGGAGCUGCAACGCCCAUCCCUGCACGGUUUACCACUGGCAGACGGGCCUCUGGGGCCAGUGCACCGAGGAUGCAUCCGCCUCCGUGUCCAACACCACCAACUGGAUCAGCGACACCGUCUGCGGCAUCGGCGUUCAGGCCCGUAAGGUCAUCUGCGUCCGGGUCAACGUGGGCCAGGUGCCUCCCAAGAAGUGCCCCGAAAGUCUUCGCCCUGACUCAGUGAGGCCGUGCGCACUCCCUUGCAAGCGAGAUUGUAUAGUUACCGGCUUCAGCGACUGGACCCCUUGUCCAUCCACCUGCCCAGAAGGUGCAAGUGAGACGGCGAAGCAGUCUCGGAAUCGCAUCAUUAUUCAGUGGCCAACCAAUGGGGGCCAAGACUGUCCGGAAGUGCUUUAUGAGGAAAGGACGUGUGACACCCCACCUGUCUGCCUGGAAUACAGGUGGAAGACUCACAAGUGGAGGCGCUGCCAGCUGGUGCCCUGGUACAUCCGCCAGGACAGCCCAGGUGCCCAGGAGAGCUGUGGGCCGGGCAUUCAGAUGAGAGCCGUCUCGUGUCGGGGGCAGGCGGGCGGGGCGGCCGACAUCGCGGAAUGCAUGAAGUUCGCCGGCCCCCUGCCAGGCGUCACGCAGGCCUGCCAGCUCCCCUGUCAGGACGACUGUCAGCUCACCAGCUGGUCCAAGUUCUCGCACUGUACUGCAGACUGCGUGGGCGGGAGGACGCGGAAAAGGGCCCUCGUAGGGAAGAGCAAGAAGAGGGAGCAAUGUAGGAAUCCGCAGACAUACCCCCUGAGUGAGACUCAGUACUGCCCCUGCAACAAGUACAGCGCCCUGCCUGUGGGCAACUGGUCAGACUGCAUCCUUCCUGAAGGCCGACUGGAGGGCUUACUGGGAAUGAAGGUGCAGGGAGACAUAAAGGAGUGUGGUCAGGGCUACCGCUACCAGGCCGUCAUGUGCUAUGACCAGAAUGAGCGACCUGUGGAAACGUCACGCUGCAACAGUCACGGGUAUAUAGAGGAGGCGUGCAUCAUUGCCUGCCCCUCGGACUGCAAGCUCAGUGAAUGGUCCAACUGGUCGCGCUGCAGCAAGUCCUGUGGCAGUGGAGUCAAGGUCCGGUCCAAAUGGCUGAGAGAGAAGCCGUACAACGGUGGGCGUCCAUGUCCCAAACUGGACCACAUCAACCAGGCACAGGUGUAUGAAGUGAUUCCCUGUGUCAGUGACUGCAGUCAGUACAUGUGGGUGGCUGAACCCUGGAGCGCCUGGAAGAUCAGCAGCGUAGACCAGAGGAACUGCGGGGAGGGGGCCCGGACCCGGAAAGUCCGGUGCAUGCAGAACACCAGUGAUGGGCCGUCUGAGGUGGUGGAGGAGUACCUGUGUGACCCUGAGGAGAUGCCGGCCGGCACUGAGCAUGACCUCCUGCCCUGCCCGGAGGACUGCGUCCUCUCCGACUGGGGCCCGUGGAGUCGCUGUAACUUGCCAUGCAAUGGGUAUAACAGGAGGGAGCGAGUGGCACAAGUACUGAGGCUGCCGGAAACAGGGAGAGAGUGUCCAAACACGACCCAGACUGAAGCCUGCGCCCUGAACACCAACUGCUACUACUUCAUCUAUAACAUCACAGACUGGAGCACCUGUCAGCUGAGCCCGCUGGCUGCAUGCGGCAGUGGCAUCAGGACGCGCAUGCUGGACUGCGUGCGCAGCGACGGCAAGUCCGUCGACCUGAAAUACUGCGCGGAGCUUGGUCUGGAGAAGACGUGGCAGCUUAAUGCUUCUUGCGUGGUGGAAUGUCCCAUUAACUGCCAGCUCUCUGACUGGUCGCACUGGUCGGAAUGCUCCGAGACCUGUGGACUUACAGGAAAGAUGUGGAGGCGGCGUAGUGUGACGCAGCCGUCCCGGAGCGACGGGCGGCCGUGCCCCCCGCAGAUGGAGCAGUGGAAGCCUUGUCCCGCCCGGCCAUGUUACAGGUGGCAGUACAGCCCGUGGUUUCCCUGCAGGGUGGAGGAUGCGGAUUGCGGGGAGGGUCUCCGUCUGCGCAAUGCGUCCUGCAUAGUGUCGGACGGCCUGGAAGGAGGGGAAGAGAGCGGGGUGGAAGAGGAGCUCUGCGCUGGCCUGGAGCCGUCUGCAGAUGGAGACGAGCACGUCGCUCUGACGGAAGCCUGCACACUGCCCUGCCCGGGGGACUGCUACUUAACGGAGUGGACUGCUUGGAGCCCCUGUCAGGGCAAUUGCAUUAAAGGGCUGGAGCAGGGCUUCGGCUCAGCGCAGGUGCGGUCCCAGUCCGUCAUCGCCCAGGAGCCUGAGAACCUGCUGCAGUGUCCCGAAGAGGUGUGGGAGUCCCGGCCGUGUGCAGAUGGACUGUGUUACAAAUACGAGUGGAUGACCGGAGAGUGGACGGGUUCCUCUCGACUCGUGUGGUGCCAGCGUUCCGAUGGAUUAAACGUGACUGGAGGGUGCCCCAUCAGCAGCCAACCAGCGUCUGAGCGGUCAUGUGACCCACCAUGCGACAAGCCACAGACAUACUGCACUGAGGCAGGCCUGUGCGCUUGUGAGGAGGGCUACACAGAGGUCAUGAGGUCCGAUGGGGGUCUGGACCAGUGCAUGCUCAUCCCAGUACUGGAGGUCGAGAAAGCUGAUGUCAAGACUAGCUGGGCGACGCACCCCACCCAGGCCACCGCUGGACAUCCAGGGAGUUUUGACCACGACUGGUUCUUGCAGCCUUUUGGACCAGAUGGAUUCCUGAAGACAUGGGUGUAUGCGGUAGCAGCGGGGGCCCUGGUGCUGCUCAUUUUUAUAGCCUCUAUGAUCUACGUAGUCUGCAAAAAGCCAAAGAAAUCCCAGAAAAGACAAAACAACAGACCGAAGCCGCUGACUCUGGCCUACGACGGCGACGCCGACAUGUAGGAGGGUGACUGGAAGCGUAAAUCAUCCUCCUUCCGUUACGACCUACUAUGGCGGAUUCACUUUCAAAACUGGGAAGGCAGACAUAACGUUAAUUUCGGGGAAGUGACAUGGAAGGAGAAUUUGGAGUAGAAGGAAAUGACUCACUGCUUCACUCCUUGUUUGUUUGCUUGUUUAUUUAUUUGAAAUAAGACUUAUAAAGUGCGGAGACUAAAGCAAAACUUGCCUUUGCAUUUUCCUGCUUCCCAAUUAAAUAUUUCCACGAGAGCAGCCGCUGCUGACGGCGAUGUGGUGCAGCAUCGCUGACGGAUGCUGAGGGACAUUUUUUCCAUGUUUACCAGUCCUGCAUGGGGGGGGGGGGGUUUGCUGGAAUCUUCGAUAUUUCUCGAUUUUAAAUGCGAAAUUUACACAUUCAACGCUAGCUCGUCUUUCAUGCACAAUAAUGCACUAUAUUAGUGCAGCAGAAUGUGCAGUCCUAUUCAGUAGAUAUUAAAAAUGCAUAUUAUUCUUAUUGUUGUCACUUCAGUUUAGUACAUUAAUGGAAAAUGGUACUUCAGUUGUGCAAAAUGGUGGAAUGGGAAGAAAUGUAAAAAUGUGUACAUAACUAUAUAUAUAUAUGUAUACAUAUAUGUAUAUAUACAUUUUUGUUAUUGUAACAUUUUUUAAGUUAUUUUUUUGUAACUAGAAGUCUGAUUUGUAUCUCUCUUUUCAGCCCAGAAUACUUUGUGUGCUUUCAGCAGUGUAAUGCUUGUUCUGUUAUACUGAGGGCUCCGUGCAUUUGUUUGUUGCCUGUUUGUCCGUUUUGUUUCUGACAGCUGGGUUUUGUAAUUCCGCAUUUAGGUGGAAUCUUUUCCAGGUCGCCCCAAACCAUUUUCAAGAUUUCGUCUUGUGCAAGUAUCUUCUUCAACAGCCAAUAGCGCCAUUGUUGAUGUGUUUUUUUGUUUGACAGAACAUUCACAGCGGACGUCACACAAGUUAAGACUCCAGGCCAACUUUACCUGUGAGCUUAAAAGCCUCUCACAGUAUUUAAGAGCGUAAGAUUGUUAGACAUUACAAAAGAUUUGUGGCUUUAACUUGGCUGUGAUGAGUGUAGUGCUACCUGAAAACCAUAUAACAUGGACAGUAACCUGACUCUGUCCUCAUGUGACAUGAUUUUACCUAAACAAGAUUUUAUAUAUAUUUAGUUCCACUGAAUGAUACGACUAAAAUUACAAAUGGAUAAAAUGUUAAACCAUUUGAUAGCAUGAUUGUCAUUGGUACUUUUCAGUUUUCUUUUCAAAUAUUUAUAUAACUGUGUUCACCAAGUCAAACAUAUACUUAAAAAGGUAAUUUGCAUAAAUAAAAACAAGUUCUCAGGAUUAAAGCUUACACACAGAAAAGCUCAUCUUCUUCUGAAUUGGUUUCAUGACACAUGUAUUAUUUAUAUAAUUGCAAGUCGAAGAGCAUUGUUCCCUUUGCUUACCGCACAAGCGGGUAUGCUGUUUGAUUACAGAAAGGUUGGGUUUUAACCCAAGCUCAAACACUGUCCUGGCUCAUGCACACAUGGCACUUCUGGAGGGUCAGCUCCUGUAGGACGUUGGUUCUAACUGCUGAUGGUGGACAUCCCAGGCGGACUAAAAUGCGAAAAUGCAUGAUUCUGCCAUUUUCUUCAAAGUCAAAGCUACUCAGCAUUUUAGAAAUACAAGGAGUUUGGAUCUUAAAACAUUUUUUUAGCUAGCUUUUUUUGUUUGUUUUUGAGUGAUGUGAAUUUGCAAGCAGUAUUUUUAACUAUAUAAAUAUUUGUUUUAUGUUACACAGACCUCUUGAGCUUGUUGGCUUGAUGUUACUGAUUUCCAUGCUGAUGACUCAUAAUACAUGUGAAAACAAGGAGGUGUGUUGAGUGUUGUUUACAUAUGUAUU